AUGGCUAAUUCUAGUGAAAAUAACUCGAAUCAAAUGGAACGUCUUACGACGUGUCCGAUUUGUUUGGAUAAAUUUCGUUCCCCAAAAGUUUUACCAUGCAUGCACACGUUUUGUUUAACACCAUGUUUAACAAACCUUGUUGAUCCACGAGCACGUUCCUUGCGUUGUCCCGAAUGUCGUCGUGAACAUGUUAUACCAGCAGGUGGUGUUCAAGCAUUUCCUGCUAAUUUAACCAUGAUUGGAUUUCUUGAUCUUCAACCAUCAAAUAUUAGUCAACCUGGCAGUUGUUUUGUAUGUAAAGAACAAAAAGCGGCCCUUACAAAAUGUCAUGAUUGUUCAAAGUACAUCUGUUCGGACUGUCGUGAAGGACAUUUACGUGAAGCAUCUUUCAAUAUACGAUCGGUUGUUAGUCAACUUCGUCGUGCACUCCCUAGACUAAGCGAUAAAAUAGCGUCAUAUGAACAGAGAGUGAAUAGUGUUAAAACUAAUCAUGAACAAAUUCAACGAGAAAUAUCAUCGGCUAUUGCAGCAUUAAUUCAGGAAUUAAAAUAUCGUGAAACAGCGUUGUUUACUGAAGCUGAAGUUUAUAUGCAAUCACAAUUAAGAAUGUUUCGUUUACAACAAGAAACAGCAGAAGUGGAACUAGCUAGUGUAGCAAGUUUUUGUGAAUCUGUUGAAACAUCAUUUGCAAAUAGUCAAACAAACAAUGAUAUUGAUUUAGCCAAUAUACGAUCGCAAUGUAAUCGUUAUUCACAACAAAUCGAAACAUUGAAUGCUCAAGUGCCGACUGAUGUCCAGAAGCUACGAUUUACAUUUGACAAUCAAGCCGCUUUAUCAGGAAGUAUUCAAAAUUCUGGCCAUUUAAUUGAUGUUUCCAAUCCACCACAAUCACCGACUUCAAUAAGUCAAGUUGUUCCGAUACCACAAUCGCGAUUUCAACCACCGAGACAACUGAAUUCAUCUAUGAAUUAUGUAUCAACAAUGUCAAAUCCAAUCUAUACUCAAGAUCAAUCACAAGUCGAUCAAUAUCGACAUUUGGAGAAUCUAUAUUAUUCCCGUGGUUCAACAGCAUCGAGACCACCUCCAACAUAUGCGUAUCGCCCAACACAAAAUCAUUUUUCUGGAAGUGCAGCUAAUCCAUUUGUAGAUCUUAGUUUAACAGUUCCAGCUCGUUCGACAACAUCCUAUACAGCAUCAUGGGAUUCACAAACACCACGUCAUUCUUCGUCAAUCUUCGGAUCGAAUCCAUUUGGUGCCUCGAAUGUUCGACCGAAUCAACGACCACAAGCACCACCGGAACCAUCAACACGACGAAAUCAUGUAACAAGCACUACAGCAGCUCGAUCACUCGAAGGUGACUCUCGACCAAUUUUCGGUGGCGGUGGCGGUGGUGGUGGCGGUCGAGGAAGAGAUCUCGUUACUACAAAUGCAACAACUAUUCAAGAGCAAGAACGAGAGUCAGAACCGCCACCACCACCAGCAGCUCCUGGUUUACAAAGACGUGGAACAUUUGUAUUAGAAGAAUCGACUUUACCUAAUCUACCACAAUCCAGUGCUCAACGACCUCGUGAUACAGUAAUCGUUCAAGAACUUUAUAAUGUACGAGCAAGAACUCGUGCUCAAACACCCGUGGCUUUCACUAUUAAUCUCAAUGAAGCAGCACAAUCAUCGCCUACACCAACAACAGGAAAUGGAGCUACUUAA